AUGCUUUUACAUGUUAUUAUAAUAACUAUAAUUGAUGUUACUAAUUUUUUAAUACUGUCAUAUGUGACGAUGAUAAUUAUAUCAUCCCCACUUGCAUGGUCAUUUGACACUGUAAGAUAUACUAUAUCAGAUGAUUUAUCAAAUUCAUAUACUAUUGUUUUUACGAUAAUAGAUAAUAAAAAGGUAACUACGAACACAAAAUUUAUUCAUUAUUGUAAAUAUAUAGGUAUCUAUUUAAAAUAUAUUAAAGAAAACGGAACUGAGCAUAUUAAUGCAUGCUGUAAAUAUUUCAGCUAUGAACUAAAUGAUAUACUAAAAUCUAAUGAAAUAUCUGCUUUGCAAAGAAAAAAGUUUUAUCAAAUAAUGAAAAACGUGGAAGAAUAUGAAUAUAAUAACGUAUUCUAUACAUGCAGUGAUCAUAUUGAAGAUCUUGAUGAAGGUAUAUUUUACGUAAUGAAAAAUUUAAAUGACCUAUAUUUUAAUUUUGAUAAAUUAAAAGAUGAAAAAGGUGAAUGUGAAUAUGAUACUAAAUGUUUUGAAAAAUAUAGCGAUAUCUUUCGAACAAAUCAAAAAUUGAAUAUUAAGAGUUUCCGUGACUAUAGUGUUUAUGGAUCAUAUAUAGUGUCUGUGCUAAAUAAUUUAAAGGGAUUAAUGAGUAAAUAUAGUAAAAAUUAUGACAAAUUAAUGGAUUCAUUUGAAAGAACAUACAAAAAUCUUAUUCAUGACAAUAACCUUAUAGCAUAUAAAUCAUUAAAUUUCUAA